AAACGUACCACCCAUUUCUGAAUCCUCCUCCUUCCCCAAAUCCCCGUCGUUUUUAUGCGGCUCUAUAAAACCAUUCCCGCAAGUUCAAUCCUUCUCAUCGUCAUAUCCACUCACCCAAUUCCAUUUUCUUCUCCUACCCUUUUGAUUUUACGGUGACCCGACUCUAGUUCCCAUGGAAACCGGCGGCAAGUUGAAGAAGGGAGCUGGUGGAAGAAAGGGCGGUGGCCCGAAGAAGAAGCCGGUUUCGCGUUCCGUUAAGGCCGGCCUCCAGUUCCCCGUUGGUAGGAUCGGUCGAUACUUGAAGAAUGGACGAUAUGCUCGUCGUGUUGGUACUGGAGCUCCUGUCUACUUGGCCGCCGUUCUUGAGUAUCUUGCCGCUGAGGUGUUGGAAUUGGCUGGAAAUGCAGCCAGAGACAACAAGAAGAACAGAAUAAUUCCUAGACAUGUAUUGUUGGCCAUAAGGAAUGAUGAAGAACUUGGGAAAUUGCUUGCUGGUGUAACAAUUGCACAUGGUGGUGUUCUUCCAAACAUAAACCCAGUUCUUUUGCCAAAGAAAAGUGAGAAAGCAACUACUAAAGAACCAAAAUCUCCAUCAAAGGCUCCUAAAGCAACUAAAUCUCCAAAGAAAGCUUAGAUUUUUUUUUUUCUAUCCGAGAAAAAGAACUUUGACUUGUUCUUUGCCCAUUUGUAUGUAGUUUGUUUGCAUUGUAGGGUCUUCUUCUGUGUUGUUUAUCAAAUGUAAGCUCCAAAACUGAUGAAUUUGAUGAAUUUGGAGACUCUGUAUCACUCAUCAUCUUGAUGAUUAAACUUUGUAUUGGUUAUGAUUUGUUUAGCCCAUCAAUGUGCUUUCUUCAAUCUGCU